AAAUUGUCCACGAGCAAACUGUGAUUGAUAUAUACAAAGUGAGAGCAUAGUCACAGAACCAGAUAUUUAUAGUAUUCAUUUUUUAAAAAAAAUUAUUAAAAAGAGAGAAAUAAUGUUACCAGAAGACUGUGUUUCGACAAUUUUGUCACUUACUUCUCCAUUAGACGUAUGCCGAUCCUCUGCGGUGUCGUCUACGUUUAGUUCGGCUGCAGAUUCUGAUGUCGUUUGGGAGAGAUUUUUGCCCUCUGAUUAUCACCAACUGCUGUUCAGAUUGGUCAAAACCACUGCCAAAUCUCACUUUUGCACAAAGAAAGAGCUUUUCUUUCAUCUCUGUAAUCCUCUUCUCAUAGAUGGUGGCACAAAGAGCUUCAAAAUAGACAAAUCAUCUGGCAAAAAAACUUAUCUACUCUCUGCAAGAGAGCUUUUCAUAACAUGGGGUGAUGAACCAAUGUAUUGGAGCUGGAAACAUGCACAGGAAUCAAGGUUUGCUGAGGUGGUUGAGCUCAGAACAAUCUCAUGGCUUGAGAUUCAUGGCAAGAUUAGAACCCAAAUGCUCUCUAGGAACACAACCUACUCUGCUUAUCUAGUGAUGAACAUUUCCAACCGUGCAUAUGGGCUUGAAACGGCACCGUUUGAGAUAUCUGUUGAAGUGGGAAGCAGACAAGUGUCUUAUGGCACAGUUUGUGUCAGUGGAUAUGAUAAGAAGAAGCAACAAAAUGACCAAAACUGCAAGCAAACAUUAAAAACGACACCGUUUGUGGAAGAGAAGAAUGUGAUAAGUGAAAGAAACGACGGUUGGAUGGAGAUCAAGCUAGGAGAGUUCUUCACAGGAGGCGAAAAUGAUGAGGAAGUGAAAAUGAGUCUAACUGAGACAAAGGGUUAUCAUUUGAAAGCAGGGCUUGUUAUUGAAGGUAUUGAAGUUAGGCCUAAGCAUUAACAAAAGCUACUGUUCUUUAUUUCUUCUUCUUCUUCUUCUUUAGAUUGAUUCUUUCAUUGUUUUUGUUCUGUUUCAAAAUGAGAUGUAAAUAUACGUAAAAGAAGAGUUUCUUGCAAUAUACCAAGUUGUAUCGAUUGAUUGAUCA